AUGCACCAGGACUUUAGGAAGCAGGUGCUCUCUCACUACUGCCCAGGAUGUGGGGACAGCAGCCCACAGCAUGCCAAGACUCCGGACCCAGGGCACAGGAUCUAUUUAGGAAUUUUGCUGGAGACCUGGGAAGAGGCAACAGCUGGCCACUACUCCUGGCCCUCUCCAGCUGUGAACAGCUCAUGGGGGCAGGAGCCCCAGAGGCAGCUUCCGGAGGUGCUAGGUGGCACCUGGGAACCACCUCGAGGUGACGGGCUGCACAUAGUCACCAUCAUCGUCACUAUCUUUGUUCUGCUGGCAGUCUGCAUCGUGGUGGCAGUCCACUUUGGGCCAAGACUGCACCAGGGCCGUGCCACACUCCCUACAGAGCCAUCAACCCCAAAGCCGGAGGAUGGCAUCUACCUCAUCCACUGGCGGGUGCUGGGCCCCCAAGACAGUCCUGAAGAAGCACCGCAGGGCCCUCUUGUUCCUGGCUCCUGCCCUGCACCAGAUGGACCCAGGCCCAGCAUCGAUGAAGUCACACAUCUAUAG